AUGGCGUUGCAAGAUCACAGUUUCAACGUAGAGUAUAUUAAAGGCUACGCCAACUUCGCAGCAAGCUGGAUCGACGGCGAGGAUGUCAACAAAGAUGCGGCCAGAUUGUGGCACAAGGUCAAAGAUUUCUACGCACAUCUGCACGCCUUUGUAAGAGCCGCUUUACUGCGGAGGUACGGCAACGAGAGUUUGCAGGCGAGAGGCCUCAUACCAGUCCACCUUCUGGGUAACGCCUAUGGAGAGAACUGGCUCAGCAUUAUAGACACGAUCAUUCCGAGGGGCGCAGCUAAGCGCCCAUAUCAUCAGAAAAGCUCACCUGUCGACGUGGUAAAAAUGGCGGAAAGAUACUACAUAGCAAUGGGAUUCCCCCCGAUGCCCGACAACUUCUGGAAGAGGUCGGUUUUUGAGCGCCCGCCCAACACGACCAACGUGGACUGUCACGCAUCGGCAUACGAUUUUGGUGAUGGGCAAGAUUUCAGAAUCAAGGUCUGCUUGGAGGGGUCCGGCACGGACUUGCAGACGGUCAUUCAUGAAAUGGGCCACGUGCAUUACUUCAUGGCGUACCGCCACCAGCCGUCUUUGUUGAGGGCUGCACCGCUCUCGGCACUGCACGAAGCCAUCGGAGAAUGCUUUAGUCACGUCGAAACAUGUGACUCGCAAGGUUCUGAGAAGAGGCGGAGGAGGAGAAUGUUUGACGCACGUUUUCCGGCCGUGCAAACGACUAAAGAUGGUCUCGAAAUCGAGGAUGAAGACGUGGUUCGACUCCUCAAAGAAGCCCUUUUUAAGGUCGUGCCGUUGCCCUGGAUUCUUUCCGUGGAGACAUGGAGAUACGACGUCUUCCAAGGACGAAUUUCUCGUGACAACCUCGCCGGUGCCCUGUGGGACUACCGACAAACGUACCAAGGUAUCAAGCCCUCGAUUCCAGAAGCCAAGUUCUUGUUUGACGCGGGAGGGAAGUACCACGUAGCUCAAUUCAUUCCUUAUUUCAAGUGA